GCCCCUCCUGGUUCCCCGCGGCGCCGGCGUGCGCGCCGUGACUGCGGCCUGCGCCGGACUGAGGCGUCCCCCGGCCUCGUCCAGGGGAGCCCCGCAGCGACCCCCGGCCGGGGAGGAAACCCUGGAAGACCGUCGGGAAACUGCCCUGGGGAGCGGUGGCGGGCGCUGGGGGAGAAAGCCAGGCGCUCCUGGUAGCCCGCCCCUCCGUCGUCACAUGAUCGCGCGGGGCGGAAAACGGGAACCCGAGGCCGCCGCGACGCCCUGACAGGUCGGCGAGAAGGUAGGGAAGGGGCGGGACGAUGCGGCUGAGGAGGAGUGCGCCUGCGCCGUGGGACUCGCCGGGCCCGCCGCUUCCGGGUUCGCGUGCGGAGACCGCCCGAGGACUGAAGGUGGAGCAUCUUGUCUUCUGUGACUGACACGUUUGAAGAAUCUUCAAAAAUCCCUCUCCACUAUUUGGGAUGCUGCCCAAACCUGGGAUCUAUUACUUCCCCUGGGAAGUCAGUGCUGGCCAAGUUCCCGAUGGGGGCGCGCUGAGAACAUUCGGCAGGUUGUGCCUCUAUGACAUGACCCAAUCCCGAAUGACCCUGCGAGCUCAGCAUGGAUCUGACGAGCACCAGAUCCUGGUCUGCACCAAGCUAGUGGAGCCGUUCCAAGCCCAAAUUGACUCCCUGUACCUUGUCCUUGGGGAGCUCGAACACCAAGACGGAGGCUCCGUGGUGAAGGCCCGGGUGCUGACUUGUGUGGAAGGAAUGAACCUACCCUUGUUAGAACAAGCCGUGCGGGAGCAGAGGAGGUACCAGGAAGAGAGGGACAGCAGCCGGUAGCAAAUGGCCGUUCCUGGCAACCGCCCUCCCUCGCCCCCCAACCAGCUUCUGAGGCCGAGCCCACUGGAGAUGCCUGAGGAGAGAAGAUCCAGGACCUUCCUCAGAAUGACACCCUCUGGAGCCAGAGAGAAGAGGGGACGUUUGCUAAUUUGGAUCAUUCCAGACACACACACCCCUCGCCGGGAGCCCGUGGGAGGCUGAGCUGUGGGGUGCUGGGCGCUGAGCCUCGUGUGGGAAUAUGGAGGGUUCUGGAAGGUCCUCAUGAAUAAAGGCCCCAGUGGGGGAGACCUUG